GACUCAGAGAAAUGCUUUACCUGCGAUUCACGGGACCCGUCCUUGCCCGAGAGCCACCUCAUCGAGAAUGUCAUCUACCUGAGCAGCCCCCACGGCCAGCGGACAUGGUGGCAGUCGGAGAACGGCGUGGAACACGUCAGCAUCCGCCUGGACCUGGAGGCUGAGUUCCACUUCACCCACCUCAUCAUGAAGUUCAAGACCUUCCGUCCCGCGGCCAUGCUGGUGGAGCGCUCGGCUGACUUCGGGCACAGCUGGAAGGUCUACCGCUACUUCGCCUACAACUGCUCCAAGCUGUUCCCCGGCAUCCCCAGCCAGCCCUCGGGGCUGGUGGAUGAGGUGCUGUGUGACCAGCGCUACUCUGAAAUCGAGCCCUCCAGCCAUGGCGAGGUCAUCUUCAAGGUGCUGGACCCCUCCAUCCCUGUGGUGGAUCCCUACAGCCCAGACAUCCAGGGUGCGUGGCCAAAG